AUGAAGUUGAACAUCAGCACUGUUCUCCUGAGCCUCGUGGCCCUGGUUGCCCUGCUCCAGGCGGCGAUGGCGGCGGACGUCAUCCUCACCAACGGCCUGCUCACCUCCACCCUCACCCCCGCCGGCGGCAAAAUCACCAUCUCCGAGUCCAACGGCAACGAUACCAAGACCUUCGUCCUCCAGACCAAGCUCAUGACCGAAAUGGCCAAGAACACCGCCGUGAAGAGCGUGUCAAGCUUCAUCCGGGAGACCUUCCUGGCCACCGACCCCAUCGACGAGACCUACCAGGGCAUCAAGGCCUCCACCGCCACCAUCUUCAUGGACAUCCCCAUGGACGGCUCCUCCGCCAACGCCACCUCGGUGCUGAGCUUGUCGAUCAAGGUCUCGGUCUUCCAGGAGGAGGGCUACGUGAAGCUGGGCAGCAGGAAGUUCGCGGUUGACACUGGCAAGCUGGCCAUCACCUACACCAUCCUCGACUGGCCCUUCGACAGCUACGACAACACCCUGGUCGUCCGCACCAGCAUCGAGACCCCCAGCGCCGGCGGCUCAAUGAGCGGUAGUGAGCUCUUCCUUUUCAACGGUGCCUCGUGGACCUUCGCCCCCACCGCCGCCAUCCCCGCUCCCUAUGACUCCUCGCCUGUUACAGUGAAGUCGUCCAACACCGACUCGGGCAUCGAUACCAACAUGCAGUUCUACGCCACCAGCUCUAUCACCUACGACACCCUGUGGAGCGUGGAGACCGCCACCUCCGGCGCCACCCGCCUCACCUCCUUCCUUGCCUUCUUCUAG